CCUCUUAAGCCUAAGCACUUCUAUCAGUUCUUCAACGACUCUUCCUUUUUUUUUCUUUUUUUUUUUUCCCUUUUUCUUUUCAUUUCCUCUCACAACUCGAUCAGACUCCUCUAAUUUUCUAUUUUCCUCGACAACUUCGCUGGAAGUCUCGCAAAUUUUUUUUCCCGAGAAAAUCUCAAUGGCUAAUAAGGCAGGAAUAUUUGAUUUGGAGACCCACUUUGCCUUCUAUGGAGCAUAUCACAGCAACCCAGUUAACAUUUUCAUACACACAUUAUUUGUGUGGCCAAUCUUCUUCACUUCUCUUAUGCUCUUCCACUUUACACCUUCGAUAUACGAUAUAUCUCAAAUUGGGUUUGCUGGUAAUGGGCUAUUGCUGAAUUUUGGCUUCUUUUUCACUCUAAUCUAUGCUUUGUUUUAUGUGUGCUUGGAUAAGAAAGCUGGGACUCUGGCUGCUCUCCUCUGCUUUGCUUGUUGGGUUGGUGCCAGUUUCAUUUCUGUGAGGCUUGGGUAUUCUCUGGCUUGGAAGGUUGUGCUGGCAGCACAGUUGUUUUGUUGGACUGGACAGUUUCUAGGCCAUGGGGUGUUUGAGAAACGAGCUCCUGCUCUCCUUGAUAACCUUGCACAAGCUUUUCUGAUGGCUCCUUUCUUUGUAUUGCUUGAGGUUCUUCAGACAGCCUUUCGCUAUGAACCAUAUUCGGGGUUUCACGCAAGCGUCAAGGCAAAGAUAGAUGCAGAGAUCAAGGAAUGGAAGGACCACAAACAAAAGAAAUCCACCUAGAUUACCUAGUCACCAAAUAAACAAACUACUUCAACUUUUAACAGCGACGAAAAAUUUGGCUGGUGAUGUUGCAUUAUAAACUAGAGACAUCUUUUAUGUACCGAUAUUUUUCUUGGACAGAGAUCACAAUCUUACUGCCACCACCAGGAAAAUCUACAAGAUCUUUAGAAUUCGCAAAUUAUUCAGUUUUACUCUC